CUACUUUUAAAAGUAACCAUCGAUAAAAGGAAGUUCCAGUUUUGAAAGGAGGUGGUAUAACACGUGGCUAUCAGCUGAUGCGUGCGCGUUCACUAACUUUCCAGAUCUAUUAACUGAUUUUGGACAUUACAUCAGUCACAGUUCAGAUAUCGUUGGGGAUAGUUGUUAACCAAGAAUGGCUUAAAAGUUUUAUUAAUGAUACUAUUUAUACAUGAAACGUAGAAAACAUGACAGAUAAAACAAAAAAAUUGUCGCGGUGGUAUUUUGGUGGGCUUUCCUCUGCAGGUGCUGCUUGUGUUACCCAUCCUUUAGAUUUAUUGAAGGUUCAUUUACAAACACAACAAGAAGGCAAGAUAUCUAUAGCAAGAUUAACCACAUCUAUAAUACAGAAUCAGGGAAUUCUAGCUUUGUACAAUGGAUUAAGUGCUUCUUUGCUUCGUCAACUUACAUAUUCUACAAUUAGAUUUGGAGCAUAUGAAGUAGGUAAACAAACAUUUGAAACAUCUGGACAAUCAUUAUUAUUUUACCAAAAGUUAUUAUUGGCUGGAUUAUCUGGUGCAGCUGGUGGUAUUUUUGGAACACCAGGAGAUGUAAUUAAUGUACGCAUGCAAAAUGAUAUAAAACUUCCACCAGAACUAAGACGAAAUUAUAAGCAUGCUUUAGAUGGAAUAAUACGUGUAAUUCAACAAGAAGGAAUACGUCAUUUGUUUAAUGGAUGCUCUACAGCAACAUUAAGAGCUGCAUUAAUGACUAUUGGACAAUUAAGUUUUUAUGAUCAAGUUAAAAUUAUGUUGUUACAAACUGGUUACUUUAAAGAUAAUCCUGUAACUCAUACAGUAUCAAGUGUAUUUGCAGGUUACGUACCUGCAUUUAUCAGAUUAGCUCCACAGACUAUCCUUACUUUUGUCUUUUUAGAACAAUUAAGAACUAAUUUUGGAUUCUAUCCUAAUAUUCAAGUAUCAUAAAAUUUAAUUAAUUAUCUUGCACAUAACAUUCAUCUGAAAUGUUCUAUGAAGAAAAAAAUUAGCAUAUGACAUUUAAAAAAAAUUUAUACAAAUAUUUGUCCUAUUUGAAGUUGUCCAACUUAUAGUAUAUAUAAAAUUUUACUUAAUUACAUAAUUUUUAUUGAUAUUAGAACUAUCAAAUCAAUUAA